CUCCUGCUAGCUUGACGCGCUGUGCUGCUACUGUGUGUUACGACACUGAGUCUCUCCGGUAUGUCACCUUUCUAACAAUAAGUCACACGUGGACAGAUGAAGGGUCAGCUGCUGACACCAACAUUUUCAAUGGAAGCACACUGAAAGGCCCUCUGUGUAGAACCUCAGAUAUUUUCCAUCAUGCAGUUGGAGGCUCAGCUGCGUCUUUGUCAGAGUUGUAUUUGGUGCUGCAGGAGUGGACUUCGGCUGCUCUCCCAGAGUUAUGCUCACAGAAAAGCUGUGAAUUACUAUGAGCUUCUGGGAGUCAAGUCUGAUGCAUCGUUGGAGGAAAUUAAAAAUGCAUUUUUUGACAAAUCUAAAAAGCUGCAUCCAGACAGCGACCCCUCCAAUCCGGCGCUGCACAGCCAGUUUGUGGAGCUGAAUGAGGCCUAUCGAGUGCUGAGCAAAGAGCUGAGCAGGAAGGAGUACGACUUCAAAAUCCAGCCGCCCUACAGUGGGAGCCAGGCCUUCAGAUCUACCUCCAGCUACACCAGCUACAGAGCCAGUUCGGACACUCAGGACCACAUUCAUUACUGGGAACAGUUUCGCCAGUCUAAGGAGACGACAGCAGAGGAGCUGCAGAAGAGGAAGGCCAGGAACUUCCGCCUGGUGGCCUACUGUGUUCUCGCUAUGAUGAUCAGCAUCGGAGCCCACGCAGUCUUCUUCAAGAAACUGGAGGAAGUUCACACUAACUUCAUGGAUGAGAAAGACAGAGUCAUCACAGAAAUUUACAAUGAAGCCAAAGAGAGAGCCAGGGUCAACGGUUUUAAGAAGCAGACAGAAAUCCUGCGGCAGAAACACGCCGACUUUCUGGAGAAAUACAAACUUCGCAACGAUGGAGAGGACAAGUAGGAGAGUCUCCAGCUGCACUCUGCGAUGAUGGAGUUUGAACUGCCAGCAGGCGGGGGACUCGAUGUGGUAUUAGUUUUAGGAUUAUAAAGCUUUUCUGACAUUUUAAAAAUGUUUCUGCACCCAAAUUUGUCUUCGGGGUGUGAUGUAGGAGGGUUUCAUCUGGUCAUGCAGGUGUUUGUGCAUCACCACACUGAGAUAAAAAUCACUGGACUGGUCUGAACUAUUUAUAGUUGGUGCAGUGUUUGAAAUAAUGUCAAAAGGAUCCAGCUGCUGAUUGUCAACAGGAGCCACAUGAACACUAUGGAACUGCCUCCAAUGAACUCACAGGAGCAUGUUUAUUGUCUGCUGCCUCAUUUCUGUGUUAAUGUUGUUCAGCAUGCAGGGCUCACAGGUAACAGUGAAUUAAUGUGAGAUGACAGUUGAUCAAGUGUGGAUGAGACAGAUUCUUGUUAACACCAAAAUGUUAGCUUGUUGGUAAAAGGAACCGACUGAUGCUCCAUUAUGUUCUGUAAGGUUUAAUGAGCCUCGGACUGUUUGAAGGGAGAUUUAAGAGGCUGCAGUAUAACAUGAAACCUGAUCUGAUCUGUGUCCACAUUUGGACUCUCUACCUCCUCAUGAUACAAUCAUCCAUUAGUUUAAAACAGCAACUCUGAAGGAUCAGUGUUAUAAAUAGAAAAGAAAAGCCACUGUGUCAUUUAUUUAUGGUCAAACUAUUGUAAUAAUACUGAGACUGUAAAGAUGUAUAAACAUAAUGGAAAGAUUCGAAACAGAAAAGUACUUAACCGAUGGUCAUUUCAACCUCCAGAGCCAACCAACAUUUGCCAUUUUGCCUCUCUAGAUAUUAGAGUUUGUUCUUGUUUAUCAAUUUUUGACUGCCUUAUCUAUUCCCUGGAGGGACGUCAGAGAGAGAAAUGAUUAAAGGGUCAACUUUUACUCAGCA